ACCCUGGACUCAUCCUUUGCUUACGCCGAGACUUACAAGGCGACUUGCAUGAAAUAGUUGGGCAGGUCCAUAUAUAGUCUGCGAAGAGCAGCCGACCGCGCGGCUAUUUGGGGAGUCGAGUUGCGAACAGUGUGCUUCCCCCCAGGGGUGACCCUGAUCUGGCUGUGCGGAGGAGCACCGAGGAAAUGUCCGAGAUCGAAUCCGGCAUGCUUCGAUCAAGUAUAUAAAUCCUCCUGUCGCAUGUCUUUCAUCCUAUCUCGACUCGCAUAAUUACUUCGGGAAACGACCGUCCACUACUCUUGCCAUAUUCACCAUGAAGCUCUCAGUCUCGGUCCCGCUGUCCCUGCUUUCGUUGGCCGCUUGCGUCCGCGCAGGAUUCGAGGCAACCUGCAAAGACAUCAAGAUCACCGGCACUGGCGUCAUCACUGCCCACUGCGACGACGGAAACGGGGGCUCCAACGACACCAGCCUCGAUCUCAAAGACUGCUACACAUACUAUGACGAGGAGCUCAUCACCAUUGGCGAUGGACACUUGCCCGACCUAUGCCGCGAAUGCAGCAUCGUCAUGAAGCCGGGCGAUAUCUGGCCCGCUGACGUGGCGUGGGUGCGCUGCUACUGCGAGGGCGGGUGGCGCGAGGUCAACACCCACAACGAGGUCCAGAAUACGUACGGUGUGCUUGAGUGUCCGUACGCGCGGCACCCGGUUUGCUAAUGAGUGGCAUUCGGACGGGAGUCCUCAGGGGGAGGAGGAGGC